AUGUUCGCGCUGCCCAAGGCACCGGCAUGCACAGCGUGUGCCCGCGCUAAGCCAAAGCCCAGCAGUUACGUCGCUCUGCGGCAGGAGGCAGAGACAGACGUACUUCUCCCAACAACCAACAACACGAACUCAAAUGGUUUGUUUGGUGGCCUCUUCCUGGGCAGCGUCGACGAUGCCAUGCCGGCCGUGCCGAAUGCCGCUAGUCUAGAUCUCGGCCUUCUCGACAAUACAGCCUCUACGAGUGGUACCAUCGACCCUACGUCCGCAUUGUCCCACUUCUCCUGGCUGUUGGAAACCCCCAAAAGUUUGGACCUACAGGUAGGCCUGUUUCAACCGCUGCCACAACCGGCGCCAUGGUUUCCGUCCCAAAGUACUACUCUCAUUGCACCAUCUCAUGCCCAACUGUGGCCACCAAAGACAUCGUGGUUCCUCUUACCCGCCACAUGGUCCAUUGACCACCGUGUGCAUCUACAUCACCAUGCCUCCAGUACGAGCACUGCCUUCUUGCGCCUGCAGGUCGCCGGUAUUCGCACCUGGCUGCGGACAUGGGUCGCCACGGGUGGCUGUCCGUUUAUCCAUCCAAACGUGUAUGGUAACAACGGCAACAAGGACAACACGCCUGCCUGUGUGCAGGUUGCGUUCCUGGCCAUGUCGAGCUAUAUCCACCGCACCGAGGCAACGACAGAGAUGGUGCUGGACGCAGUCGAUGCGCAGGCCAGCCAGUUGGUAGCACCGGGCGGCGAGGCUACGGAUGCCAGCACCACCACUCUCCUGGCCCAGCUCGGCCGCGUCCAUGCCCUCGUCGUCUACCAAGCCAUUGGCCUGUUUGACGGAAACACGCGGGCACGCCAUCGUGCCGACCUGCGCCGGUCGACACUCGCCCGCUGGUCGGGGCAGCUGCUUGAGGCGGCCCAGCAGCAAGGGGCGGUGGCGGAGCGUCCCCUGACUCCCGUCGUCUCUAUCGUCGACGACCUCGACCACAACAACAACGACCGCAGCGAUAACAUUAAUGCGUGGCAUGCCUGGAUCGUGGCCGAGAGCAUCCGCCGCAUGUGGACCAUAUCGACAGCCAUUGAAGCCAUUUACCACACACUGCAGCACGCGUGGAGUCCCGCGACGGGCAGUCUACCGUUCACGGCCCGCUACGGACUCUGGCAGGCCAGGUCCGCUGCCGAGUGGGAGACGGCCAGGAGUGCCGACGGGAACACGAACAGCUGGCUCUACAGCUUACAUGAUCUCGGUUGUUUGAUCGAUGCGGCGGAUGCCGCCGAUGUCGACGUAUUUAGUCGCGGCCUCAUGUCUUCGGCUUACGGACGCGACAGAGUCAUACAGUGGGAGAAAAGCAGCCGAGAGCGUCGUCUGACGAAUUCACAUGAUCGGUAG